AUGUCCUCACUCCAUUAUGUCCUCCUUUCAACUCUAGUUAUGGGCUUAAUGGCCCAACGUUCCGAUUACAGUCGAUUUGACCGGCCCUACGACAGCCGGGAUCGCGCGCAAUUCGGCCGCGAUGAUACUGCAAUUGGGUCGGGCGCAUCCAUCCGAUAUGGCGAACGAUAUGAGCCGGGCCGAUCCUACGACAGAUUCGACGACAGACGUGAUCGAUAUUCGGAGAGAGACCGCUUCGGCAACUUGCCAGUCGACACAGACCGAGGCUACAACCCCAACGGAAGAAGGAAUGAUGACUUUGGAAGGCGGAGAGGUAAGAGGGGAUUUUUUUGAAUGGUUCACGCCCUGCUCCGACGUUACUUACUACCAAUGUCUAGAGUACUUUUAAAUUUUCCUUAACAAUAUUUUUUUUUCAGUCUGUCGGGAAAAUAAUGAGCAAUGUCGCUGAAGUAAAAAUCAGUUUGAUUUUGCCGUGACACAAUCCAAAUUUUCUCGGCAGCGAUGCGGUUUUCGAUGCAACAGAGUGCUCAUUAUUUUCCCGACAAACUGAUAGAAUUUUUUUAAAGUGCGUAGACUUUUCUCCAUCUUUUAUCGCGAACGCACAGUGCAUUUCGCCUUUUUUUAUGGCGCACUGUGCACUUUGCUGUUUUUUGCACUGUCAAACUUGAAAAAGUGCAGUUUGAACUGUGCGAAGGAUUCGGCAAGACCGCAGUGAUGAAAAGUUUGGAAAACCUUACGCCACGGCGCUAUUUUGAUUCACCGUGCGAAAACAGAAAGCGCACGAUGCAAAUUGAGGUUUGCACCGUGCAUUUUUCCUAGCGACGAAAAGUCUACGCACUCUAUGAAAAUAGCGGUCUGUCGGGAAAAUAAUGAGCACAAUGUCGCCUCGCUUGGCUGAAGUGAAAAUCAAUUUUUUUUGCCGCGAUACAAUCCAUUUUCUUGCCGGAAAUAAUAUUUUUCUUUACUGAGUGUUCAUUGUUUCCCCGACAGACCUGAUGUUUUUGCAAGUUUGACAGUUGCUUAUCUCUGGCGAGAUCUGCGAACCAAACCCUCGAAAAUAUAAACUACAAGCUCUUCAGACGACGACUUCUCCCGCAGCCGUGGCUACGACAGCCGUCGCGACGACUAUCGCCACCAGCCACGAAUUGGCGACGGGUUCGGCGGCCGCAGCCGUCGUGAUGUCAUCCUUGGCCACGAGCAGCUUCAUGAGCCGGGACAUAUGCAGCACCACGUGAAACACAUGCACGAGAGAGCGCCUCGAGACCUGAAGGAGCGGAUCAACCGAAGAAUCGGGAAUGGCGCCAGUAUCGGGGUCGGCGACGACUACGUUGACGAUAGAAGGCCCGAAACUGACAGCCGAGGCAUUGGGAAUGGUGGAGGAAUCGGUGAGGGAGCUGGAAUCGGCAAUGGUGGAGAGAUCUCACGCGACGACGGAAGCAUUGGAACUGGCGCUGGAAUUCGAAAUGGCGGAGGAAAUGGAGGAUUUGGCUCACGGUCCAGAAGAACAGUGCAUGAAAAUGCGGCAAGAUACGAUAUUUACUAG